AUGGCCAGUUUCAAGUUCGUCUUCGCUGUCGCAGUUUUGGUUAUGGUUCAUCCGGCAGCAAUCUCUUUUGUUUCUUCCAGUGGCUCAUUGGAGCUCGGCGAUCAAUGCUCGUCGGAUGAAGAUUGCAAAGUUGGACUUGGUUGUUUUAAAUGCGGCAUAGAUAUUGCAACAUGCGUUAGAUCAAACAUCACUGAUCCAUUCUCCGUUGUGAACAAUUCAAUGCCGUUUAAUAAAUAUGCAUUUUUGACGACCCACAAUUCAUAUGCCAUUGAAGGGAAGCCACUUCAUGUUGCGACCCAAGAAGAUACUAUAGUUCAACAACUCAACAGUGGUGUUCGAGCAUUGAUGUUAGAUACGUACGAUUACCAAGGAGAUGUAUGGUUUUGCCAUUCGUUUGACGAAAAAUGCUUUGAGCUCACCAAGUUUAAUCGGGCGAUAGACACAUUCAAGGAGCUAUUCGCAUUCUUGACAGCGAAUCCCUCAGAGAUUGUGACUUUGUUCUUGGAAGAUUACGUCAAAUCGCCAAACGGGUUAACCAAAGUGUUUACCGAUUCCGGUUUGAAGAAAUUUUGGUUUCCGGUUCAAAAUAUGGCUUUGGGUGGCCGAGAUUGGCCGUUGGUUAAAGACAUGGUCGCCAAUAACCACCGGUUAAUUGUCUUUACUUCAGCUGAAUCAAAGCAAGUGACCGAAGGAAUAGCUUACCAGUGGAAUUACGUGGUGGAAAACCAAUAUGGGGACGAUGGAGUUAAACCAGAUGAAUGUAGCAAUAGAGGAGAAUCUAAACUGUUAACCGACAAAACCAAAGCGUUGGUUUUGGUAAACCAUUUCAAGACAGUUCCGGUUAAGUUGUUGACUUGUGAGGAAAACUCUGAACAACUUCUCGAUAUGAUUAAGACAUGUUACGUGGCCGCAGGGAACCGAUGGGCCAAUUAUGUCGCCGUCAACUUUUACAAGAGGAGUGAUGGAGGAGGAACAUUUCAAGCAGUUGAUAAACUAAACGGAGAGCUUCUAUGUGGACGUGAUGAUGUGCAUGCUUGUUCAUUUUAACAGUAAUUAAACAACACGCAAUAAUCUUAAGCUCCCAUUAGUUUACAGAUUAUCUCUAUUACAAAAUAUGAAAUGUUUUUGAUUUUUUUUUCAAAGUUUUUUUUUCAAAAUAUAAAAUGUUUUCACAUCUCUAUAUGUACAAUAUAAUACAUUUGAUAUUGUAUGGCCAUCUUUUUA